GAACAAACGAUUGCACCUGCGCAUUUUUCACUUCCAGAAGCCGAGAAUAAAAAUAUCCGUUGGAGUGGAAAAGCCGUGGAAAUAUUUCUCCUAUGGCUGUUGACCAGUCAGCGCUCCUUUUACAAAGGCAGCUACGUGAUAUGAUAAAGAAUCCUGUUCCAGGAUUCUCUGCAGGACUGGUUGAUGAUGAAGACAUUUACAAGUGGGAGGUUGUUAUAUAUGGUCCUCCAGAUACCCCAUUAGAAGGUGGUGUUUUCAAAGCUCAUUUGACAUUUCCAAGAGAAUAUCCACAGAAACCUCCAAAAAUGCUGUUCUUAUCAGAGAUGUGGCACCCAAACAUUGGACCUGAUGGACUUGUUUGCAUUUCAAUUCUCCACGAGGCCGGUGAAGACAAGUGGGGUUACGAGUCUGCAUCAGAACGAUGGCUGCCAGUUCAUACAGUAGAGACAAUUCUUAUUAGUGUAAUAUCAAUGUUGGCCGAUCCUAAUGACGAAUCACCAGCUAACGUGGAUGCUGCCAAAGAAUGGAGGGAAAAUAGAACUAUUUUUAACAAAAAAGUAGCCAGAUGUGUACGAAAGAGUCAAGAUGAAUUUUUAUAACACAGGAUGUAUUCUGCAUUUUCCUCAGAUAUCAUUUUCAGGAAUCUUACCAAUUUGUGGCCUAAAAAAGACGAUUGGAAUAAAAAGCUGUAAAUUUCAUUGCGACGACAUAAAAACCAGACACAUGAGGAAUUAAUUCUCAGGACAUUGUUAUUGUUCACAGAUUUGCUCAUAUCCUCAUCUUGUACAUAUUCAUUGUUUAAAAUCUGUGAUCUCUUUAGGUUGUCUUUGACUUAAGGGUUAGGGAUCUGUUUAGUUUAUAGUUUGGUUUAGACAAGUUUUAGUGUAAGGAUAAAAAAAGGUUAGGGUUACAAUUUAUAAUACAAGUAGUAAGCUUAAGGUCAGGCAUGAUUUAAGACCCCUUAAGACAAAGAUGACCAAUAAUUUCUUUCAUUUUAAAUUAAUGCUGCUUUUAUAUUUACUGCGAUUUAGUAUUUCUUGCAUAAUUACAGCAAUUUUAUAAUCAAGAUGAGAAAUACUGUAGCAGCUUGAAAAUGUCUUCUAGAAACCAGUUCUGGUCAUUACCUCCAUGUUUAAACAUUAGCUAACUGACCACAUGGUCAAUUCAAUAUAAAUUCUACCUAGAGCUGUAUCUUUCAAGUCAGCUGUUGAAUCAAAAAGGGGGAGCUCUACAAAAUUUAAGUUGAAGACCCAUAUAUAUAUGAUAAAAACUUUGUUAAUGAAUGCAAUGACUGUACUUAAGUUAUAAAUAUUUUUUUAUUAGCUAUGAAUACUGGUUGAAAUAAUAAUAUAUGUUAAUAUUGUGUAGGUAAAGCAACAUUUUACAAAUUUUCAUAAAAAAAAUAUGCAUAUGUUAUACCCUGAAAUGCAUAAAUAGCAAAUUUAAAGCAAUGGUCUUAAAAAUCAUAAUUGUAUUGUAAGCAACAUAAGGGCUGAUCCAUAGAAACAUUCAUGGAGUCCAGGAAAGGUGCUUUGAAAUCUCAACUGUGAAAAAAUGCUUAAUUUGCCUCUACAGGUGAUAAAGUGCCUUCCCUGGGUACCAUGUAGGUUUAACCGUAACAGCCCUUUGAUUUUCAGCAAACCAGUCAAUAUUAAGAAUUACUUUGUAAAUGUUCAUUGUUUGUAAUCCCUUAUGACAUAACUUAGGUUAUUGUUAUUUGUUCAGGUUUUAAUUAGUUCAAACCAACAUACACGUUUUCUAUUAAAUUAUGUGAUGAGUAUAAUUUUACAAUUAUCUUGAGUUAAAAAAAAUUAAAAUAGAUACAGUAUAUUGACUUGCAUAUAAUGGUAACAAUUUUCAGAUGGCCCUCCUAUUCUCAAUUAAAAUUCUCCUAAAAAUAAAGAAUCAAAAGACAGAAGGAAAAAAUGUACUCUGAUUGUCUUUCAUGUUGUAGUUAUAAUGUUAAAAUGGUAACAGUUUUCAGGUGAGGCCUCAAAUUAAGAAUUUUUAUUCUGCUUAAAAAAGAUUUUCACCAAUACUAAAACAGUCCUGAUUUGUGAGAAAACUGUUUACGAAACCAUUAAAAAUGUUGCAUUUAACAUUGAAAUUAUUAAAAAUACAUUUUUACCAUUCAAAGACUUAUUUUUUUUAAAUAUUGCUAUCAAAUAACUAGUCUUUUAAUUCUUAUGAAUUAACACUUUAUAUGUCAGUAAAUGAUUUCAUUGUCAACGAUUGUAAUUGCAUAUGACUGUUGACCUAUAUCAAAUCAUUACAACAAUAUGCAAUUAAUCAUCAGAUAGUCAUUAUCACCUCUCUGCUGUGCACAGAAUAAGAGAAUUAUAAUGGAAUGUUUGUUUGUUUGUUUGUUUGGUCAUAUUAAGAAAUUUAUUCAUCUGUAAGCCACUAGAUAAAUCAAAUAGCCUUCCACAAAGUAGAUGAUAAUAGUAUUUGCAAGUUGUAUGUUCAGAUGUAAUAUGCUGGUAAAUCUUGAAAUGCUGUGUCCUGUUUCUUAUUAUGGAUUGUUUUAGUUUAAAGCAGAUUCUGUUUUGGCUAACCACACUUUAUAAAAAUGAAGAUGUCAAGGAUUCCCUUUUUUCAAUAGUUUGAAAUAGUACCUGUUAAGUUUUGUUUAAGAAAAUUAUAGAAAAAAGUCUGUUAUUUUGAAUUGUACCAUGUUAAAGUUAUUUUUCAUUUCUGCUAAUUUUAGUUAGUAUUAUUUUGCAUAAAAAAAAUGAUCACGAUAUUCCCCAGUAAAGUUAUAAUCAAAGGGGUUUUUCAAAAGUAAUAGCAAGCAGGCAGAUAAUGUUUUUUUACCAAAUACAAUUGUUUUUUUCUCACAAAGAUUUUAUUUUAUUAGAGUUCCUUGAAUUUAUUUUAAUUGAAUAAGUAGAUAAAUUGUGCAAAUUCUCUCAUUAAUAAUGGAAAGGACUUGUAUCAUUAAUCAUAUCACGAUGACUAGUUAUGAUUUAUUAAUCUUUCACAUUAGUAUCAAAAGUGCUUGAGUAAUUUACUUGUGAACUCAUUUAUUUCCAUGCUUUAUGUAUAGAAAAAAAUAUUUUUAUAUUACUAGUGCUAUUUAUUUUUGCUGGGAAUUGUAUUAGAUGAUUGCAGACACUUGUAUUUGUAUUGAUUGUUUGUGAUGAAAAUGCAUAGGCCAAACAAAAUAAACAAUUAGCUUGUAUUGAAACUUUGAAAAAAGACUAGAUCAAGAAGGUAGGCAGAAUUACUUUUAUUUUGCAUCAGAAUUUCUUAAACACAAAGUUAAAUCUGCUAAGGCAAAGUGUUUCAUUUUUUAAGUUGACUUUUGAUAGACUUGUUUUAUACUGCUAAAGCUAUCUUUUUGUUUCUCUUUGGCCUUUAGUUUACAGAGCAUUUUAUUUCAUGUUGAGCUAGUAGAAUGAAUGAAAUAUAUCUCAGAUUGGGGAAGAUAUGACAAAAGUUCUUUAAAUGUCCCAAUUCCACAAUUAGUUUUGAGUUUUGGAAAUUUGAUACAUGUACAAUAAAUCAUUUUGAAUUACCUGGAAAAGUUGUCCUCUUCAAAAAAACACUGAAUUAAUUUUUAGAACAUUAGGACAUUUGAGGAAUGACAGUGAAAGUUAACUGUUUACUAAACUCUUUGAGACCAGGGUAAAUUAUAAGGAGACACAAAGUUCUGGGGAGGAAUGGUUUGUCAAUAUUUCAUGAUUUGUCAUUGUAAAUACAUGUAUGAGAGAAUCCAUCAUUGUGAAUUAUUUAUGUUUGAAAUAAAAAAAUGCACAACUACAUAAA